AUGUUUUUCUCAGACGAACUUCUAACGAGUAAGAAAGGCUCUUUCGGUAUCAUCUGGCUUGCAGCUACACUCGGUCCGAGGAAUAAGAAAAUUACUCGAAAACAACUUACAGCCAUCAAUCUGGCGAAAACGUGCGACCUGAUCGCGGAGCCUCCUGAGCCUAUGGCCUUACGAUUGAGUGGAGCUCUUCUGGUAGGAGUAGCAAGGGUAUAUAAUCAAAAUUAUGACAUCUUCUAUUCUGAUGUGACUAACUUUCACUCCAACCUUCGUCGAUCUAUUGCCACCGACUUCAACACCAGUGGUACAGGUACCGCUGGAACUAAAAGCUUUGACAUACCCGGCGGUGGCAAGAGCAAGUACGACCAGAUCACGUUUGCCGAAUCGAGCCCAUACGCAGAGAUGGGUUUAGAACUUCAUUUUCAUCACAUCGACUGGAACAAUCCCUUCAGUCAAGGUCGAAAGAGGAGGUCUUCUUCGAUGCUAUCUUCACAAUCUGCUUCGAUUGACGUUUCUGACGAGGAGGACAGCGAUGACGAAGAAGAAGACGGUGACGACAUCGGUUCAGAAAUGGGACGAGGCAGCAAAAGAAAGAAGCUCACAUCAUCUCCAGCUAUCGGUGCUUACACUUCGAACACCAAAAUUCGUCACUCUGUUCAUCAUCCUUCCGAGUCGACUGGAGGUGCUAUGUAUGCUGGUAUGGAUGUUCCCAUUGAACCGCUCGACCUUGAGUUGAAUCUGGAUGACUUUGACGGAGGAACUGGAAAUGACAGUUUCUCAGGCCCUUCCGGGAGGGGUUUCGAGCUUCCUACAGAUGGAGGUGAUCUGGAAAUAAUGAUUGACGCGGGAGACCUCGUGCCCCCGUCUCGUCAAGGUAGUUUCGCACCAGGUGUUGUACAGACACCUUCCAAUCAAGGUUCAGGAUUGCCCCUUGAAAGUGCUAUGAAGAGCCGAGAAUAUGGAGAAGGUAGCCAAGCUGGCUCUGUUGAGGAUGUCGAACAAGAGCUUGGACCCGUCAAGAGGAAGACCAAAAGGAUCAGGAAGGUCACCUUUGACGAUACUCAAGAACUCGAUCACGAGGAGGAUAGAGAUGCCCGAAGAAGAUAUCGAGAAGACAUGAUUAGAGAGAGAUCUCUGGCUGAUGCUAAAACAAGAGAGAAAGACAUGACUGCGAGAGCGACACUUCUCGUCGAUGGUGCAGGUGGUUUAGAAUUCUUCGAUUCUGACAUGAACAUGUUCUUUUCCGGUUUGACGAAGAUCGACAAGUUCAAAUGGGAGCUUGAUGUUGCUGCCCAGCGUCAAGGUAACGAGGGAAUUCAUGUUGGCGAAGAGAACGAGGCAGAGAAGCCCGAAGAUGGGGAAUGGGAUAUAUCGGGGGGUGGAGAUGGAGGAUUGGGCUUGCAGGGGAUGGAGUCCACUUAUCAAGAUGUCUUCCAAGACUUCGAAGUACCAAUACAAGAAGUUAGUACCAGUGGAAGACAAGGCAGUGUAGGCAGGGCUUCUAUUGACCCCGAAUACGCUCGACGAGCCAGUCAGGGCAGCCAACAAGGGCCACUGCCAUGGGAAGAGAGACCCCGAAGCACUACUCCAGGAUUUGCCAAUCUUCAAGACAUGAGUGAUUCUCCUGGCAGCCUUCGGUUGAGCGUAAUGACACCUCAAGAAGCAAGACUCCGAUCCAGAAGCAAUCCUGGCUCUUGGACAGGUCCAGAAUCCCAUCGGCAAGGUCGUUAUCGAUCAUCGUCACUGAUCAGUAACAGAGCGGACGACGAUCCUCUUCUUCUCGCUUUUGGCGACGAUCUUGAUCUACCAAUCCACGAGGAUGAAUUACAACUGGAAUCGCUGGCUUCAUCUCAGCAAGCCAGACUCAAUAAUCUGCCUCAAGCCUUCAGACCAGAGAUGCUUGCUACUCUGGAAAAACAGUGUCGCGACUUUUUGACUUAUGUCGAAAGAAAAAUGCUGACCAUGUCACUCGAGGAGUUGGAUUUCGAAGAUCUCGCUCCCUUAGACUGCAAGAAGCAUGUCGCAGCACUUGCCUUCUAUGAUUGCCUUACUCUCGCUACCAAAAGGAUCCUCUCGCUUAGCCAAGAAGAACCCUGGGGCCAGAUCAAUGUUGAAUUUGCGGUGGAAUCGAGUUAA